AUGACGCCCGCUCGUGGAAUUGCCGUGAUCGCGUGCGCGAUAGCCGUUAUCGCGGCGAUUCGCGACUCCGUUGCCAACAGCGAUUCCGUUGCCAACAGCGAUUCCGUUGCCAACAGCGAUUCUGUUGCCAAUAGCGACGAGGAGGCGAUUCGGUUUUUGCAAACCUACGGAUAUCUGGAUGGUGAUAACGUGCAAACGAUAUCAGAUAACGCGACGUUGGCUCUGAGACACGCGAUUGCGCUUUUUCAGGAGUAUUAUCGUAUACCUGGUGAUAGUGUUCUUAACGAAGUUACAUUGGAACACAUGCGUAAACCGCGAUGCGGUGUCAAAGAUAUAUUACAUGAGUUGGACGAUUCUCCGAGGAAAUGGGCAAGGACGCAUCUCACUUGGAACUUUCAUCUGGCGAGCGAGAGCGUUUUACGAGUCACCAAAGUCGCGUUCGAAAUGUGGGCUGCGAAUUCAUCGCUGACGUUCGAGCGCAAUUCAACGAAUCCCGAUAUCGUAAUAUCGUUUCGAAAAGGUUUUCACACGUUUGUGGAUCCUCGGCAUCGAGGUAGCCGAAUAUGUCCGUCGUUGUUGGACGGACCGGGAAACGUGUUAGCUCACGCUUUUUUACCGUCGUCAGAAGUGUCAGAGGUGCACGUGGAUAGCGCGGAGAAGUGGCACAUCGAGUUAACUGUUAAUCCUGACGAUACGAUUCAUCUGUUGCAUACGUUGACGCACGAGAUCGGUCACGCAUUAGGAUUACAUCACAGUCCUUUAACUGAGUGA